UCAUAGAGGCAACAGGUUUUACAAGGUGCCAUUUACUGUAGUUGCAUGGUGGGGAAUGUCCCGAGAGUAAGAACUAAGUGUAUAAGAAUGGGGAAGUGGCACUCAGUGGAUCAGUCACUCGUCUCACAGCGCACAGCUAAGAUGAUGAUGGUCACUUGCCUGCUCCUCUCCAGCAUCUGGGCUGCUGCUCCAGCCUCUGUGCAGGUGAUGAACAGAAAGGUCCAGUCAGUCCAGGUGGGAGGAAACGUGACUUUUUCAUGCCGGUCAGUCACGAGAGAAGAUGUGAUACAGGUGACGUGGCAGAAGGAGACGGACGGGGCUGAAGACAACAUAGCAACUUACAGUACGAUGAAUGGCCAGAAGAUAGCCAAGGCCUAUGUCAGCCACGUGAGCUUUGCCCACAGUGAGCUACAAGCCUCGGCCAUCUCUCUUCAUGGAGUCACCCUCCACGAUGAAGGAUGCUACAAAUGCAUCUUCAACACAUUUCCCUCAGGGGCUGUCACCGGCAGGAUGUGUCUCAAGGUUUAUGCCAUCUCAGACCCCAUAGUGGAAACUAAGAUUAUACGCAGUCCAGAUAAAGCUGAGGACUCUGAGAAAAUGGUGGGGAUGAGCUGCUCAGCAACAGGGAAACCAGCUCCAAAAAUAAUUUGGCACCUUCCCAGCAUCCUGCAGCAGAAACCAAGGGAAUAUCACAUAAAGUUCAGCAACCAGACCGUGACUGUCAUCAGCAAUUUUACCCACACCCACUCCAAAAUCCUUCGGGAAUACCCCAUCACCUGUGCGAUCCAACAUCCUUCUCUAAAUGUGACCCUGGUCCUGCCCACAGACAGCCUGGAGCAGGGUCCAGAGAGCAGCAUGGCACCAGCCAUUGCCAUUGCAGUGGGGGUCCUGGUACCCCUGACUUCUCUUCUUCUCACCUGCCUUCUCUACCUCUGCCCCAGGCAUCUACGUGACCCAGAGAGAAACCCAACCUGGCCAUGCUGGGUACUUCCUGCCUGCACCAGGGCCAAGAAGUGCAGGCAGUACGGAGCUGCAAGCAGGUGGGCUCCUGCGGUGUCCCCCUGCCUCGGUGCACCACUGAACACCUGAGAAGCUGCCCAACCUACACAUGCAAGAGAGAAACUUAAAAUGGCACCUCAAGCUUCCAAGGAAACCUCCUGUGACUUUCUUCUAGAGAAAUAUAAAAAGGGACAAUUUAUAAUAUAUAUUUAUUUAUUACAUUAUAAUAUUCUGUUUUGUAAGGAAAAAAUGUAAAGUAUUUAUUUGAAACUCAGGCUGGCUGUGUGGAUCCAUUUAGUGGAAAUCAUGCUUUGUAUUUUUGGGGGCUUUAACAUUGUUUAUUACUAUUUGAUAUUUUAACAUUGUAAAUUCAAAAGUGGAUGGGGGAUUGUCUGAAACAAGGCAGCAUUUUGUAAGGUUGCUGACUUGGAAAGUGUUGUGGAUGGACCAAAGAAGGCCCCCACCAGGAAACCUGUGGAACAUCCCAGCACACUGCUCUGAACUUCAAGUGUUGAACUUGUUCCCUAAAGGGCACAAGAGAUCAGGCCAAGACUGCAGACAACCCAAAUUUAUAACCCAGGUGCCAGGAGCAGUGCGCUUCAAGUCAGGAGCCAUGAGGAACUGCAAAGUCCAAUUUCCAGCAACUUCUCCUGGAAAGCAAUGUAAAAGGCACAUAAGUGUUUCCUUCUUCACUGUUUCUCAGGGGCUUCCACUUAGUGUUUGUGAUCUGUCACAGCUGCCUUGUGUUUCCUGGCAUCCCACCCACCUGCAGGAGACAGCGGGGCAAUAAAAGGGCAGGUGCAGGAUUUGUAGGUUGUCCAGUGCAUUUUGUUUCAUUUUGUUUGUGUCCUGGUGUAGUGGCAUGUGGGUGCAGUGGGAAGCAGGAGGCUGGUAGGCCUCAGGAGGUGGGUGCUUCAUUUAUUUCCAUACCAGGGCAGGGCAAGGAGUGUUCUUAUUCUGACAAUGCUUGGCUUCUAAGCAGUGGCUCAAAUCUGAGCUGUAAUCUCCAGUAAUUGCCUGAAUUUCACCAUAUGUUCAUAAAGUCUUGCAGACUUAGGGAAGGAGAAAUGAGCCCACCUGCCUCAUGCUGGUCUUGUGGGAAGCCACCAGUGCAGGCUGCUUCCUCUCCUGGCUUCCUGGAGCAAAUGUAUGAAAUCUGGGCUUUCCUCACCCAUGUGUAUUUCAAACAGGCAUCCCACAUGAACCACUAAAUUUUAGUCAAAAUCCAAGUGAACAAAAAUGAAAGCAAGUAAGCUAGUUGAGAAUGAGUAAAGCAGGUCCUCACUAUAAAAUACUUCUUGUAGGCCUCCCUAACACCUAGAAACAGCACAGCUGGUGAGUGAGGGGAAAGGGGAACUGGCUGCAGCUGUUACAAUUGGGUUUGUUUUUUUCUGUAGUCCGUUAAUUGUCAAAGGAGGAAGUAAUGGUUUGUCCAAACUUUUCCAACAUUGCCACUUCUUUUCUUCCUUGACGAGGGAAGAGGCCGGGGAGAAGAAGGUCUUUCCCUGGAUAUAUGGAGGCCAGGAAUGGGGUGGAGAGCCCUGGCACCCUUCUUGAGCAGCCCUUGCCAUUCUGCAGAGUCUGCAUUUGCAAUUUACAGUAGUUUGUUUGAGUUUUAACAUGAGGUUUCUGCUUGUGUUUAGACUAAAGUUUUGUUGUUUUUGUUGUUUGGUUUGUUGUGUUUUCUUUAAUUUAAAAAAAAAAAUCUCUUGAAGAAACGGGGAGUUUGGACAUGGGAAAACAAAAGGAUUUCCUGGGGGAAGAGAGAAAAAGCACAAUGCCAGUGAGAAAUCCAUUCAAACCCAGAAAAAUGGCAACGAUUACCUAUUAUUGUUUUCUACAAGCUGGUCACCUGGAGUGUGGGAAAGCAAGGCUUGGAGUUAUGAAAGUAUCUGCUUAUGUGUGGGGUUUUAGUUUCUUUUACUUUUUAGCUGAAUACAGAAAUUUUUAAAGCUUUUAGAGGUUUCUGCUUAGGAGCAUGAUAGAUCCAGCAGCUGGGUGAGGGAUGAAAUGACUUAUAGGUAAUAUUCUGUACAAGAUUUAUUUUUUCAUUCAUGUUAUCAGAAUGAGAACAUGACAUCCAGUCACAGGACACUUAAAACCAAUACAUAUACUUAACUUCAUGCAGUGCAAAGCCAUCUACUAAGAUGCAGUGCCAUAAAAUGCUACUGGUGUGAUGUUUGGCUUCAUGUAGCAAUGAAAUGAAGGCAAGAAUACAGACUAUGAAUAAUUAACUGGCUGACAGCUGUGGGGGGAAAAAGAAUAUGGAAUAGUUACAAACCAUCUUUGGUGGAAUAAACAAAAGCAUGACUGAGGGAAUCAGAAGUUUUGACUAUGAAUUAUGAACAUCCUAACUGCUGUUAUGAGAUUUCUUUGUGAUUAGUUUGUGCAUGUCUGUCCAGUUACUUCUGUUAACAAUUUGUAAGAAUUUCUUGGAGGUUAUAUUUCAAAUGGGUUUAUACAGACACCUAGUAUUUGUUUUAAUAAGUGUGUGAUUUUAAUAAAGGGUGAGUUUGAUCCCCAA